AUGACGCAGGUUCGCGUGGAAAACAAGGAAAGCUCAUCACAUCAGUCGUAUUCCUAUCAUAUAGCGUUGAAUCGCCCAAUCCUUCUCAUUAAGUCCAGUGCUAUUGACAAGGCAAUUCUCCUUUGGCUUAAUUACAAGAACACCUAUGACUAUUGGAGAGCUGAGCGCAGCAAAGUAGUCAGGGCGGCAACUGCGGCAGGCAAGCAAAGGAGCAACAGUUUCCAGCAUGCCAUGUUUUCACCACCUCAAGCUCAGGACUUCGAUGUCAAUCUUUCUCUGGCGAUUAAUAAUGGAAUGUAUGUGUGUAUGCCAUUGUACAGUCAGGAUCUCACAGAUGGCAUGCCAGCACUAGUUUUAUCCCUGCAGAAGAGUGACGUGACCGUCUGCAUAAUGAAGGAACUGGCUUGUCAAGCAUCUUUCCACGGAUUCAAAUUGAACUUCAUCGACAAUUUCGAUGAACUUUCGCUCUCGGAAAGUGUGCAAGAGGCAACUGGUAACACUCAGACAAACUACUUAUUCUUCCCUCAAGGAACGUAUCAGCUGUGCUCGCAGGCGUCAUCCGAUCAGAUGGGUGCCAAAUGGGUGCUCAGUGUAAGGUCGCAGAUGCGUGGUAUGGUUAUCGAUUUGGAUCAAAGAAUAGGUAAAUUCGCGAAAAUGGUUGUGAAUACCUUCUCAUCCCUGGGCGAAAAUGAAGACGAUAUGGACGACAGGCGGUCGAACGUUUCAGAUGAUGAUCCUAAGAUCGAAGGUGCUGGUGAGCUGAAAAACUUACGACCUGAAGAAAGA